UCAGAAUCAACAUCAUAAUGGAAUACAAAAGAGUUGGCAAACGUUUUCUUUGGAACCUGGCGUCGACAAAACUCUUUUUGGAACUGUGGCAGGAGUACAUCGAAGAAUUGCGCGGCACUCGAGUAAAUGCGCAAAUCUACAAGGAGAUCGCCGACAAAUUACACAAAUUUGGUCCAACUCACGUUGAAGUCAAGGCCAAAGUGGACAACAUGACCAGGAAAUACAGAAUAGAAUUGAAUAAAAGUCACGCAACUGGGCUGCCAUCGAAAUGGGAACAUUUUAAAACGGUGCAAGAAUUGUUGAAUGAAUCGAGAUCGGUCAAAAUGAAACUUGUCAUGGCCAACAGCUUGGAUUUUUCGCCAUUUGAGGAUUCUGACAGCGGCGAUUUGGACAGCAUAAACUCGCCAAACAGAAACAACUCUCCAGCAAUAGAGCCAAGAAGCAGUCCUGAAAUCUAUCAAAAACGAGAACCAUCAAGUCCUGCUUCUCAAAAAAGCGAUUCGGCGUAUUCAACAAAUACUUAUGCGCCAGCAGAGUCAAUGGAUUUGGAUAGUAAGCCGGAUAGAUUAUUGGCCAUUGAGGAGGCUAAUUUAGACAUACAAAGAGAAAAACUGAAGGCCCUGAAAAGCAUUGCCGAUGAGUUAUCUUCGAUUCACAGGGAUUUUCUCAAAGUUUACUCAAAACACAAGUGAUGACCUUAGAAAUACGAGCUUGGCUUGUGCCUUGGAUUCUGUUAGCAAUAGUUCUUAAGUAUUUAUUAUGCACAGAGAUUAACAAAUUUGUUAUGAAUAUUACUUCAAUUGCUGAUAAGAAAAUUAACUUUGUUUAUAUAAAAACAAAAAAAAAAACAUUUCUUGCCCGAAAAUUGGAAAACUUCGAUUCUCAUUAAUCAACUGUUUGUGAAAAGGGACAAACAUAUUGGCAACGCUUUGCCAAACUGAUGAAGCGAUAAGUUUCAGUUUGUUAAUCGCCUUCAUAAAUUAAUCGACUUCAGCCGCGUUUUAAUUUUCGCAAUUUUGGUGUUAUAUUUUAAAUAAAUAUUGGAGAAAGCUUAA